CUUACCGAAGCAGCCCUCACUGAACAAAAGUGAGCACCAGAAAGAAGAAGAAGUAUCGGCCAAAUUGAUACGAAAAAGUUAAUUUUUCCUGUGAAAAUUCUUCUCUUAAGUGCAUUUUCUUAGCUCAAAUCGUACAUUGAGUUCUAUUAGUGUCGGCAAACUGCAAACCCAUUUCCAAUUGACGGUGGCUUUUCUUCUCUUCCCCGCUGGGCGUGUGUUUGUAGGAUGGGUAAGUCGAAGAAGAAGUACGAGAGCAGCAGCAGUUCCAGCUCGUCGGAUGCGUCCGAGUCAAGCGACACUUCCAGUUCGGAGGACGUGGAAGUCAAGCGUCGCAAUAAGAAGAAGAAGAGCUCUCGGAAGCACAAGAAGUCUGCGACGAAGACGCAUGCCAGUUCGGGAACGGAAGCCGACUCCGCCAGUGAGCAGUCCAGUGACGACGCGGCAGUGAAGGCAGCUGUGGCCGCGGCCGCUGCCAAGAAGAAGCACAAGAAAAACAAGAAACAGAAGAAGUCGAAAAAGCAUAAGAAACAUAAGUCUCGGGCCGAGUCGGAGGAUGAGAAACGAGUGCAUGCGGAGGAGGAGGAGGAGGAAUUGAUUGAAGAGGUGGUCCAAGAUCGGAGACACCGUACGGCAUCGUUGGAUGACUAUAAUAAUAGGAAGGAGCGUGAAGCGUAUGGACGGAGGGAACGCUCUCCGGUGGAUAGAGAUCGUGGUCGAGGUCGUGAUCGCGACCGGGACCGGGAUCGGUCCGGACCAAGCAACAGUCAACAGAAGCAUACCUCCUCGAAGUGGGACAGUCCGGCGGAUGGUGGAGAAUACCGCCGCAAGCGGUCACAUUCACCCCGGGGAGAACAAACCUCCAGUGGUGGUGGUUACAGCAGAUCUGGUCAGCGCGGUCACUACGAUGAUUAUCGGGGCAAGGCUCCACGUUCGCCCCCGCCGAGGGAAUCUCCGCCGCCUCCGCCAUCAUCGGGCCACGGCCGGGGAGAGUAUGACCGCGGCAGCGGCGGCGGCGGUGGUGGGAGAGGCGCUCGCGGCCGGGGUGGAGGCCGAUACGACGAUCGGCGCCAUUCGCCUCCGCCUCCACCGCCGCAGCAGGAAAGACGCUGGGGCGGCGAUCGGUACGAGGAUGAUCGCAACCGGAGCCGGGAUGAUUUUAGGAAGCCCUCGGGCAAUAGGAGCUUUGAGGGGGACGAGCGGAGGGGAUUCGAGGGCGGUCGGAGGGGUGGCCAUCAGUUUACGCCGCAGUCCCAGUCGCGGGAACGCUAUGACGAUUAUGGAAGCCGUGAUCGGAAUCCUCGAGAUCGCUACCAGCGACGAGAAGAGUUUGAUGACCGUGGUGGUCCACGCCGACGCAACUCUUCUCCGAUGGGAGGGGGUCCACCGUCGCGAGGCGGUCGCAAUCCAGCUAUGGAACAUCCAGAUUUCGGCGGCCGUGGUGACUUUGGUGGUCGCGGAGGCGGCAGUGGUGGAGGUUUUCGUGAUCGCUUCGACGGCCCAUCGGAGCGUGGUCGGUUCGGUCGUGGCGGAGGUGGAGGCCGUGGUGGUGGGCCUUAUGAACGCGGUGGCCGUGGAGGACGUGGCGGGCGCAGGGGGUUUUCCCACGCAGAGGGAGGAGGUGGCUUCCACACGGAUCGUGAUUUAGGCGGAGAGCAUCGCAAGCCACCGCCCCCGGCUGGGUGGGGCAGAAGAUCACCUCCACCGUCGCCUAGGGGAUCGCCGUCGCGUUCGAGAUCACAUGAUCGGAACGGCGGAGGUGGAGUAAGCCGUGGAAGGGGAAAACGGGUCAGUUCCCCACCGCCACCGGUGAAGAUGGAACGCCGAUCGGGAAAUCGUGACUCGCCGCAUUCUCGUAGUCGCAGCCGAAGUCCGGUGCGAGCCCCGGCUCCGUUGCCCCAGCGGCAGCGCAAGCUUCCAAAGAAGGAGGAAAAGGAUGAAGAUGAAGGCGACUACGAGUGGGGUGGUAAGCGAAAGCAGCCCAAGCGUGAGGCGGGUAGUCGUGCCGGUAGUCAUGACUCGGACGAGAAGGGCCCUGAAGACAAGGAAAAGCCCAAUUUCGCCCUGUCCGGAAAGCUGACAGAAGAGGCCAAUAAGGUCAAUGGUGUGGUCAUAAAAUAUGCCGAACCGCCAGAAUCCCGCAAACCGAAACGCCGCUGGCGAUUGUACCCCUUUAAAGGUGAACAAGCGCUUGCAACGAUGUACAUUCAUCGCCAGAGCUGCUAUCUGAUUGGGCGCGAUCGAAAAGUGUGUGACCUUCCGAUCGAUCAUCCAUCCUGCUCGAAGCAACACGCGGCCCUGCAAUACCGCUUGGUGCCGUACGAUCGCGAUGACGGCACCACCGGCAAGCGUGUUCGGCCAUACAUAAUCGACUUGGAGUCGGCCAACGGGACGUUUGUGAACAACAAGAAGAUUGACACCAAAAAGUACAUCGAGCUGCUGGAAAAGGAUGUGCUCAAGUUCGGUUUCAGCUCGCGGGAAUACGUGCUGCUGCAUGAGAACAGCAAAGAGGACGAGGAAGACGACGACGUGGUGGACGAGAAGGGGGCUGCCCCCAGCAAUGGUGCCGCUGGCAAUUCCCGGACAAAACGGGAACCCAGCGAGUAAAGAGAUCGAGUUAGGCUCAUGUAUUGAAUUCUACUCAUUAAUUAUACACCAUCAGAAUAAAUUGAAGAAAUCAACGUCGGAGGACGCAAGAAGCAUCCUCCAGCAUAUUCUAGAAAAGGAUAAUUGAGCACACAGUAAAACCCAUACACAUCCAGUUUUCGGAACAUUACUUAAGCAGCAAAAUGUCUGGAAGAAUCAACUUUAUUACGAACAGCUAACAACCCUCCCUCGUUAAUAGUUUGUGUGUGUGUAUUAGAUUACUAUGAACAAAACAAUAUCAAGAGAGGAAUCAGCCAAUAAAGUAUCUUAUUCCCAACAA